AUGGCGAAUAACACCUCUGAACCUCAGGAAUUCAUCGAGGCCUUCCUGGUCAAAAUGCUGGAGGAGAAAGAUGAUCCCAACACUGAGUUCAACAAUGAUAAUAUGGUGAUGACUGCAUGGAGCCUGUUUGCUGCUGGAACAGAAACCACAUCAUCCACCCUAAGACAAUCAUUUCUGAUGAUGAUAAAGUACCCUCACAAUCAAGAGAGUGCUCAGAAGGAGAUAGACGAGGUGAUUGGCUCAAGAGUGCCCACGGUUGACGACAGAGUUAAAAUGCCCUACACGGAUGCUGUCAUUCACGAAGUCCAGAGAUACAUGGACCUCAGUCCCACCUCUGUACCCCACAAAGUGAUCAGAGAUACAGAGUUCUACAACUACCACAUUCCAGAGGGUACCAUGGUCCUGCCUCUGCUGUCCUCUGUGCUUGUUGAUCCCAAACUGUUUAAAAACCCAGAUGAGUUUGACCCAGAGAACUUCCUGGAUGAAAAUGGAUGCUUCAAGAAAAAUGGAUUCUUCGCUUUUGGAGUGGGGAAGCGGGUGUGUCCUGGGGAGGCUCUGGCCAGAGUGGAGCUCUUUCUCUUCUUUACCUCCCUCCUGCAGAGCUUCACUUUCACCGGCACCAAACCUCCAAAGGAGAUCAACAUCGAGCCACCGUGCUCCAGCUUUGGCCGCGUGCCACAUUCCUAUGAUUGCUACAUCAAACUCAGGACUGAGGAGUGACCACUUUACUGUGGAGAGGUCACAGGCUCAGCUUCACAGUCAGCUGCUUGUCAUUAUAUAGUAACCAUAGCCUUACAUUUACCACCUUUUUUCUUGUAGACAACUAUAGACGGGUUAUUGAGUUGUAUGUAUCUUGCUAUUAUCCUCAGGUAGGAUCUCUAAGGUAUGGGUUGAUAUUUCAAGGCUAAUUUCUGUCCACAUUCAUGUAUUUUUAAGCUUGUUUUUGGUCAGGUUUCAAGAAUUCCCAUCAGAGAUGUUGCUUACCAUAUCUCCAUACUUUUUAUCAUACUCCCCUGCUUUGCUCCCUUGUAAAACAGGACAACAUUUCUGCACAGGCCUAUAGGUUCAUAUUAAGUUCUCUAUUGAAAUGUUAUGGAAACAGGACCAGAAGUUCUGGUGUUAAAAUGUAAGCCAAUGAAAUGUGUUUUGUUUUGUAGGUUGCUACAUGGUUAGGACUGUACAUAUAUACAUGCAAAGCACUUAGGGGUACUGUACACUAUGUAUACUGUGGGGGUCACUAUGUUAUUCUGCCUUUUGUAUUCAAUAUGACUGAU